AUGGCAAAAUUCGUGAUCGCAGGAAAAACUAAUUGUCCACUCUAUGCCAAAGCUGAAUUACUGGGAGAUUAUCUUCAACGUAAUGUACCCAAUUUUGUUGUUCAUAAAUGGCCAAUUGACUCAAAAGAUUGGGAUAACUGGGUAAAAUCAACCUGUGAAAAAAAUCAAUGGAAAGCGCCUAGACAAUCAUCUCCACUGAUCUGGCGUGAAUUAAUUGAUCGUGGUGGUCGUGGCGCAUUAGUUGGUGAUCUUGAUGAUUUUCAGGAAUAUGCUCAUUGUUAUUAUGGAAGUAUUCUUAAUCAUUUUAUGACGAAUACAUCAGCACUUUUUCGUUCAAUUGCUGAAGAAAAUGCUCAACAAUAUAUUCGAGAUCUUGAAUUAAAUGCACAACAUAUUAAACAAACAGUAAAUCCUUAUCAUAUAUGUAUUAUUGGUGCUGAUCAUCCAUGUGCCUAUGGAUUAUUUCCUGAUUUACUUUCAUCAAAUUUAUUUCCUAAUCGUGAUAUAUGUCUUCGAUUAACAACACAUGAUCCAACAAAAAUAUCAUCAUUAGAAGCUAUAGCUAUGGAAAUAGAAGAUCUUGCUUGUAAACAAUUUCGUACAAUUGAAAUUUCUUUACAAAAUAAUGAUAAACUUUCCUAUGAAAAUACUGAUUUUAUUUUAAUUCUUGAUGAUUAUUUUAAUGAAGAGAAACAGAAAUAUUUUGAAUCAUUAGUUAAGGAAAAAGCAACAUUAAAUGAAGGUUAUGAUAAAGAAAAUUUAUUUGCUGAUGAACGACCACCAUUUAAACCUGAAAAAAUAAAAUAUGAUAUAAAACAAGCAUAUCAUUAUUAUAAAACACUUGCUAAUCAAAUACAAGUAAAUUUGAAAUCAACAUGUCGAAUACUUUUAGCAUGUUCAAAUUCAAUUAUGAUUGCAACACAUGCUUUUAUUAAAACAAUUAAAACAAUUCCAACAAAUCAAAUUAUUGGUUUAGCAAGAAUUAUUGAAAAUCAAGCAAAAGCAAGAAUUGGAAAAAAACUUUCCAUUGAUAUUAAAAAUGUAGUUGAUUUACAUAUUGUUGGAGAUAUUAAUGGUGAAUACAUUAUUGAUACUAAUAAUUGUCAAGCAGUUAAUUAUGAAGGUGCUAUUUGGGCAAAAACAUUUCUACGAGAUUCAACAGAAAUGUUAGCAGAUUCGAAAUUCAUCAAAGAAGUUAUUGGAAAAGAAGUUGAAAAUCGAGAUUUUGAACUUUAUACAUAUGUUGAACAAAAUCGUACACUUGUUCAUACUCAAGCUAAAGCUAUUUUAUCAUUUAUACAAGAUUGGAUUAAUGGUUCCAAUAAUCCUCAUUCAUAUUCAUGUGUUAUGUCAUGUUCGAGUUCUGCAUUAGGUUUAACACAAACAAAUGAUGAAACAGAAACCGAUAAGAAUAUCAUUUGUUCUGUACCGGUAUUGAUGAAAGGACAAGAUGAAAUAUUGCCUGUUGAUUUGAAUCUAUCAAAUGAUAAUCGAACUGCACUCACUCGAAUCCUCAAGGACAUGCAAAUUAAAUACAAAAUGGACUGA